UUGGGAGCAAGAGAGGCAGAGAAUGCACGAGCAUGGAGGUCUGAUACAGGACACGGCCAAAAGAAGAACAGUACCAAUUCCACUAAAACCAUGAAACUAUGGUACGCCAACCGACUAUUGCGUACAAAUUGGCAGCAAAAAACCAGGAACAGCAAGAAUGGUGGGGGACGCAAGAACACAAAAGAAAUUCUGAUGACUCUGUUGAGUGUUAGAGAGACAGGAGCAGAUAUCAUCUAUAAAAGUGUGUGUAGGGAAGAGGAGAGACUCCAACUCCAACAGCCACACGAGUGGCUCUGUAUUGGACCCUGUGCUUGCCAUAGCCAUUUGUCUCUCUCACCUAAGUCUAGGAAUGGCUCCGAGUGAUGUAAAGCUCAGAGAUGGCAUGGGGCAUGAGAGCGCUGAGGAUGAACAGAGCAACAACCACCAAAGGAAGGAGGAAGAAGACGGUGGUGGUCGACAAAGUGAGCUGCAGAGGAGGCAGCAGAAGCUGUGUGCUAGAGGGCAUUGGAGGCCAGCUGAGGAUGCCAAGCUCAAAGAGCUGGUCUCCAAACAUGGUCCCCAAAACUGGAACCUGAUGGCCGAGAAUCUAGAAGGAAGAUCAGGGAAGAGUUGCAGACUGAGGUGGUUCAACCAGCUUGAUCCAAGGAUCAACAGGAAGGCAUUCAGUGAUGAGGAAGAGGAGAGGCUUCUGGCUGCCCACGGGAUGUAUGGCAACAAGUGGGCUUUGAUUGCCAGGCUAUUCCCUGGGAGGACAGACAAUGCUGUCAAAAACCAUUGGCAUGUCAUCAUGGCCAGGAAACAAAGGGAGCAGAGCAAUGCUUACAGGAGAAGAAAGCCAUUUUUGACUUCUUCUUCUACCUCUUCCUUCUCUCACACCCUGCUCCUCCCCAACAGCAAAGAUGUCAAAACCAGCAACAACACCAAUGCGUGCAGUGGGGACUCGGUCAUCACCAGCACCAGAGAUGAGUCAUCCUCCACUUGCACUGACCUCUCCCUCAACUCCUUCACCAGCACCACUUUCCUUGCCUAUUCCAUGAUCAAUUGGUUUGAUGAAAAGGUCUUCACUGUAAGGAAGAGUUUUCUCCCUGGUGGCCAGUCUCCUCCUGAGGCCUCAGCAAAUCAACCAGUGACCUACCAGAGCAGCAAUGCUUGGCUUCAUGGCGAAACAGAACAUGGGAGGAAGAAAAUUAUAAUGCCCUUUAUUGAUUUCCUAGGUGUUGGAGCAACAUAGAAGGUAGGAUAAGUGUUAAAUGCACAUGUAGAACUAUAAAGAGUGCUGGUAAACAUUGAAGAAGGGGGGUUAUGGAGAGAAGUCCUCUUCUCACUCAAACGUCGCCCUUCAAGAACUUUGAUCCUUUGUUAAUGGUUAUUCAUCCUGCUUUAAGAACUUGUGAUUAUUUGUUUAAA